AUAUUGGGCUAGAGCCGAUGAAGUGGCUGGUUCGGUUUCCAUUUGAAGUUGUUUGCUACGCGCUAUUCUCAACUGGUUCUGCUUUGCCCUUUCGCCGUUAGGUUUUAAUUUUAGAAACGCGAAACCAAAACGAAGCUUAGAACUUGGAACCACACAGAAAAUGGAGAUGGAGACGGAGACCCAGAAACCUUUUCAAGUAGACAUGGGAAAUCUUUUGGCUUUUAACCCUUUUCAUAACUUUCCUUCUCUCCCCACUUCCAGGGAUGAGCUAGUUAAGGAAUGUAUACAGGAGGGCACCAAGUUAGUUCAAGCAAUUGCAGAUAGUAUUUUUAACUUACCUUCAACUGAAGAUGCGGAUGGACCGCUUGUUAAGCUGCCUACCCCAACAACAAAACUUCCUAGGGAGAAGCAUCUUCCGAAGCCUAAACCUCCCACAAAAUGGGAAGAGUUUGCCAAAAAGAAGGGUAUAAAGAAACGUAAAAAGGACAAAGUUGUAUGGGAUGAACAGACUGGUACAUGGAAACGCCGUUUUGGUUAUGAUCGUGUCAAUGAUGAUAAAGAUAUACCCAUCAUCGAGGCCAAGAUGACUGAUGAGCCAGGAGUGGAUCCUUUUGCUAAAAGGCAAGAUGACAAGAAGAAACGAGUUGAGAAACAAGAGAAGAAUCACCUCCAAAACUUGAAACAAGCUGCAAAAAUUGGUGCCUUGCCAAGCCAUGUUCAGCUUGCUGCUACAGCCCUGCCCAUAACGGGAACCCAAGCUCCACCGAAGAAAGUUUCUAAAGAUGAAUUAGGAAAUGUAGCUGGGAUGGCCGCGACUUCUACAGCCAGUGGUGGGAAAUUUGAUAGGAAGUUACCAGGAGAAAAGCCUGCUAAAAAGCAAGGAAAGCAUCGCAAGUUCUUACCCGUUGUUGAAGGAUCAGGGAUAGGUUCACGAGAGAAGGAACAAACCGAGAAUGUUCUAAAUAAGCUAAUCUCUAAGCAUUCCCAUGAGAUACUCAAUGUUGACAAGGCAGUUACAAUGUAUAAUGUGAAGAAAGAGAAGAAAGCUAGGAAUAAAAGAAACCAAGAAGGGAAGUCGUCAUCGGCCACAAACAAGUUGAAACCGAAAAAGCAACUACAUAAGAAUGGAAAGAAAGGACCAGGAUCUUCAAAGAAAGGGAAGGCAAAAUGAACUUAUCAAUCGGUCAACGUUUCGGUAGGCUUGUAGAGAUUUGGGUUAAUGCAACCAUAAUUUUGUUUGCUUUGAGCAAUAGAGUUUUAUUUACCAAAUCUUCUAUUUCUUAAGUCAGGUUUAAAUUUUUACAGUAUUUUGCCGGCCCUAAUAUGUCAAAGUGAAAGCUUGGGAUGACUUUUUGGAAACCUUAGUGAUAUAAUCUUAAAUUUUA